AUGGCUUCUCCUGCUGCUCCUAAGACAAGCCUCUUCCCUGGCAUUUCCGCUACUGAAACCAAGCUACUCGUGCUAGCCAACGUCUGUCUGAAGAAUGACAAGUUGCUAACAGAAGGGACCACAAAGAUCGACUAUGACAGGCUUGCUUUGAACGCUGGCAUCAAAUCGUCUUCUGCUCAGACGCUCUUCCGCAAUGCCAAACGAAAGCUAGACAAACUGUACGGCGAUAACAAUGCUGACGCCAGUGGUAAUGGUGCCCAGGCUGACAUGUCGCCCGACGAUACUCCCUCCAAGCGAGGAAAGUCCAACGCCAAGGCCAAGGCCCCUCGCACUCCCAAGUCUCCCAAGGCCGCUAAGACCCCGAAGACCCCCAAGGGAACCAAGCCAAUCAAGACCCUCAAGGGUGGCAAGACUUCUAUCAAGUCUGAGGAAGAUGAAGACCAGGUCCCGAUCAAGCUCGAGUUCGAUCCUACCACUACGGAGUACGCUGAAAACCUCGCUAACGAUAGCAGCCACGAGACCGCUGUCACGGAGGCUGUCGAUGAACUCGCCAUUGGCCCCAUCGCUGGAUCUGCCGCCGAGUCCGCCAUUGAACCUGUCACUGGACGUUUCGCUGAACCUGCCGCUACCGCUGAUACAUUCAACUUCAAGACUGAGCAGUCCGAGGAGGAAGUCGACAAGGCCGAUGAGAUUGAUGAGGCUUCGCUUGACCUAGCUGUGAACGACAACCUCCCUAUGUCCCCAUUGCCCGAUGAAGCGGAUGACGCCCACAAACAGGAUAAGGCGUAG